GCCAGAAUUCCUGCCAAAGUUGUCUCGUUAUCGUCAGCGGAACCGAUCGACGCUUGUUUCUGUUUACUGUGAAAAAGUGCGUGAAUCUAUGUUCAUCUUUUGCUUGCUGAUCACGUGCGUGAUCCACGUGAAUGCGUAUGAGAAGAAUGGGAUUCGGAACGUCAAGGAUUACGUUAUUGACGCGGAAUUGAAGAGAACACCAGUAGAACGUCGAAUAUUUCAUUUAACAAAAGAUGGUAUUAAAAUCGACGUAAAGAUCGUUCCGUCGGCCAGGAAUGACUCGGUGCAGAAUAAAGACGACUUUCCGGAGUUUCCCGUGAAAGACAUAGGCAAAUGCAUCAUUGAAUUUUCGCUUGGUUGUAUCAAGAAACGUUUCGUCCGUUUCUUAGAAACAGUAGGUCGCCUCGAUGAAAUCACAUUACUUGGGCAAGAUGUGAAGAUGGUGAAGAGCGGAACAGCACGCAGAUCCGAUGCUCGAUCUAUGAAUGACUCGGAUGUCAGUAUCGAGCGCAGCGUAAAUGACUUCUUCGAUUCCUUUACUCUGCGUAUCACGCUGCCUAGAUGGAACAGCAAGCGAGAAAGGAAUCAGAUCGACGUGAUGUUUGACGAGACAGCUGUAGCAGAAGGACGAGGGAAGAAAGGCGGAUGCGGAGGGGGCAAAGGCGGAAAAUGCAAGAUGAUGAUGAUGGGCGUGAUGAUGAUGCUAAAAAUGAAACUAAUAGGAUUGGCAGCGUUCAAAAGUAUGAUGAUGGGCGGAAUGUCUCUGAUGUUUUCAAUGAUGACGUUCAUGAAAGGAAAAGGCGGCUAUGGCCCUUGGAAAGGAGGAGGAGACCAGUACAAAGAGAUAGUACUUCUUACAAAAUCUUCGGGCGGUGGUGGUGGCGGACAUAGCGAUAGUUACGGUGCACCUCCACCAAGUAGUUAUGGCCCACCUUCAGGAGGCGGUUACGGCGGAGGAGGUGGAUGGGGACGCAGUUUCCACAAACGACCGAUGAUACACGACAAAGAGACCAGGACAGAAGUUGCGGAUGAAUCUAAUCGCAUUCCAAUGACAGGAGAAGUCAUCUCGAAUGCGGAAAGUAUUGAUUAUCUGGAUUAUCCGGAUUAUCAACAGCCAUCACCAAUUAUGAACUCAAGUUCUACCAUUUCUAAUUGGAAUACGCCAAGCUACGUCGCCGUCAACAAAUACAGAGAUUCCAACGUAAGUACCGGCUUGGCAGGGGGUAAUUUGAAGUCAGGAGCGACAGUGAACGUGAAAGGAAGAAGCUUUAUCGGCGACGAGCAUCACAUUAAUCCCAUUGUAAAUGUAAUUGAGAAAAAUGUUGAUUCAACAACCACGGAUCAAUCUGUUGCUGACGUUAUUCAUGAAUUCACCACAAAUGCGGUGUACAUGGAUGAAUGGCAGGCUACAGCGGAAAAGGGUUCUAAUAAGGUAUUAUCGUCAAAUUCGAAUGCAGAAAUUGAAUUGCAGCAAACCGAGCUGCAAUCUAAAGAUAUACCUUUGUUACGUGAAAUUUAGAUUUCCGCGCACCAAUUAUGUGGCACCAUUAUGUAUUUGUAUUUUUAAAUAAACGAUACUGCAACUGUUACACAACUUUCGAGAAAAAUUUAUUUCACCACUG